AGCACUCUCUCCCUUCUGGCCAGGGAACGUGGAAGGCGCACCGACAGGGAGCCGGCCAGGGAGGGCGAGUGAAAGAAGGACAUUAGAAAGAAAGGUUAACAAAAUAAUAAAAACAGCCUGAGCCACGGCUGGUGAGACCGAGACCCGGAGCAAGAGUGCGCAGGCCUAGGGGGAGAGGAACAGGAGACUCCGCAGAGCGCGCUCAUCACUGACUUUUGCUUCUUCUUCUGCUUGUUCUUUUUCUUUUCUUUUUUUUUUUUUUAACAAGAAGGCGCUAGCGGCAGCCUCACACGCGAGCGCCACGCGAGGCUCCCGAAGCCAACCCGCGAAGGGAGGAGGGGAAGGAGGAGGAGGAAAAGCAUUUGCACCUUCUUUGCUACCACCCUAAGAAGCCUCCCGGGGAUUUUGUAUUUUUUUUGUUAACUUCCCUCCGGGCUCCCUCUUCAUCUCUCUCCUUCUUUCCCUCUGUUCGUGCACCCCAAGACCUUGUGUCUCCCUCGCGCGCCCCACACCUCGCGUCCCCUCUCGCUCCGAUCCCGCGACUCCUUGGCAGCCGCUGCGCAUGGAGAGCUCUGCCAAGAUGGAGAGCGGCGGCGCCGGCCAGCAGCCCCAGACGCAGCCCCAGCAGCCCUUCCUGCCGCCGGCAGCCUGCUUCUUUGCCACGGCCGCAGCCGCGGCGGCGGCGGCAGCAGCAGCAGCGGCGGCGCAGAGCGCGCAGCAGCAGCAGCAGCAGCAGCAGCAGCAGCAGCAGCAGCAGCUGAGUCCGGCGGCCGACGGACAGCCCUCAGGGGGCGGUCACAAAUCAGCGCCCAAGCAAGUCAAGCGCCAGCGCUCGUCCUCGCCUGAACUAAUGCGCUGCAAACGCCGGCUCAACUUCAGCGGCUUUGGCUACAGCCUGCCGCAGCAGCAGCCGGCUGCCGUGGCGCGCCGCAACGAGCGCGAGCGCAACCGCGUCAAGCUGGUCAAUCUGGGCUUUGCCACCCUUCGGGAGCACGUCCCCAACGGCGCGGCCAACAAGAAGAUGAGCAAGGUGGAGACAUUGCGCUCCGCGGUCGAGUACAUCCGCGCGCUGCAGCAGCUGCUGGACGAGCACGACGCGGUGAGCGCUGCCUUCCAAGCCGGCGUCCUGUCGCCCACCAUCUCGCCCAACUACUCCAAUGACAUGAACUCCAUGGCUGGCUCGCCGGUCUCAUCCUACUCUUCGGACGAGGGUUCUUACGACCCGCUCAGCCCCGAGGAGCAAGAGCUUCUCGACUUCACCAACUGGUUCUGAGGGGCUCGGCCUGGCUAGGCCCUGGUGCGAAUGGACUUUCGAAGCAGGGUGACUGCACAACCUGCAUUUUUAGUGUGUUCUCGUCAGUGAUGUUGGAAGGGAGAAAAAAAGAAAA